GGAAUUCAUAUUUGUAUUAUUUCUGUAUUCAUACCCUAGUAAUAUUCAUCCUCCGGAAAUGGUUUGUUGUGAGUCUGAGGAUAUGACCAAACGACAGCCCGUGAUGCCUGACUGUCAGGCCCGUACCUCUUACUUGGAACAACGUAGGCCUACGUUUGACAUUUUGCCCGAUCCCACAGAUCAUGGUGUGAAUGACUGUACCCUGAUCUUUGAGUCAACACGCUGGCAGAUUCAGGAAAGACUUAUCUUGUCAACAAUGUCUCUUCAGCCAAACAACAUGUAGCACGAAUUUGAUUAUGAGCCCAUGAGUGAUAUAGAGGAGACUCACUCGGCCAGCUGCGCCUAUGUCAUGUUCGUAUCAUACUUUUAAGUUAAUAAUAUAGGACUUCAGAUUUCAUUUGACAUGUUUUAGAUUUGAUAUGAAUAUUCGAUUAAAGGCACCAUGUUGACCUAUACCUUUAGAACAUAAAUUUAGAAUGUGUGUAAAGAUUACAGCAACUGGUUUUUCAGACUUGUCGGACAUAAAUGUGAAGUAAUAUUUUCUAAAGCUAAAGGUAGGCCUACAUGCACGUCAUUUUAGAUAAAACUGUUCUUAAAUUUCUGAAAAAUUUAGCAACACCUUUUUUCUUUUGUAGAAGAAUACCACGAUUACAUAGGUUCUGGGGCCUGGGCCCCAGUAUGUCUACAGAAUUCUUGUUCAGUUUAAAGUGGUUUGUCCUAUGGUGGCAUUCAUCGGAUUUAAUUGGACUUACGAAAGGUUUUUUCACCGGCAGAUUCAAACUUGCACGUGAGAAGUUGGUCCUCUCGUUUUUAUUGGAACAAAAAGGGGACACAGGGAAAAUGAAACAUCUCUUUUCAACAGACUUAACAUGAGCAAGUAACAGGGUGGGUAUUUUUGGGAGUGAGGGUUGGGAGUGGUUGACUGAUGUGGCUAAUCACACUCCCUCUUCUGUCCGUCCAAUCUUACCUGUGUGCAUAAUGCUGAAAGACUGCAACUCCCUUGCAUAUUAUGUUACGCAGUUGUGCCACACGUUUCACAAUGGCACGGGUUUUUAGGUUCAGUGAAUGAGUCCUUCAAUUUAUGUGCGCUGACCUCAACCACACACUUACCUUCCUUCGAAAAAAUCCUAGAUCCACUAAUGGGAUGCAUUUGAGGAUGUGAAACGUACGCCAUUCGAUCAGUUAGAUCGAAAUGGUAAUGAUUAAAAAGGUAACUACAUGCUCACUGGAUAUGAGGGUUUUAGACUGUGACCCACGAUCAAAAUUAUGUAAAUAAGACUAACAACAUUGGCAACGAGCCAACUAGCAUUUUCAUUCUGUCGAUUUUUUCCAUAAAUUGAGAACUUUAUGUAAUUAAGAAGUACAGCAUGAGUGGUGAUUAAGCACUUUGAUCUGCAGGCAGGUGUGAGCGGCUUUUUGCCCUGGUAAAGUGUUUACUUGCAUGGAUAGAAUCAUACGAUUGCCGUCUCCGGAAUAUGUCUGGGUGCAUGCCGUAUUUACCACCCAACUAAAAAGGCGGGAGAUUUCGUUAUCAAUCUAACGGAAUGCUCGUGUAUCUCGAGUGUACCAGGUGUGCAAAUAUUACCAAGGAUGGCAGAAUCGCAUUAGAACACCACCCGCGUCACAUCGUAGAGUCAAGAUAAAUACUAAUUGUCUGCCUUCAGUAUAAAAUAAUGCAUGCAACUGAUGAAUGACGGAAAUGAAUCAGAAAGUUGCAGUCUUGAGAAACUUAACUGUUACGUCGUUCUUCAUUCGUCGUAAAGAAUGAUUUUAAGAUGUUUUAGGGGCUAGUGUACUUUACCCUAAUUUCGAGAAAUUUCAUCUGAAUUUCGCUCUGAAUACGUGGGUUUCGUGCAUUCCGAUGACUCAAGGAGUGAUAAUCUUUUUUAAAAAUUCCAUUUUAAAGUUUAAUUUUGUCUUUAGGGACGUUCAAACGUCGUUACAUAUACUCAGAAUACACAAGAACAUGCCGUAUUGGGUUCAAUUUGUCAAGCUUCACUUUUAUAACUGCGUGUCUAUCCCUUGUGUGAGUGUACAAUAGUUGGAUCAUUUGUUUGGCAGUUCAGUCCGUUUAUAGUACACGUAUAAAAAGAGCAGGUGUCCUGAUCAAACUUUGCUCUGUUAUUGUGGCUGAGUCAGUCGACUUGUUGACGACCGCUGUUAUUUUUCUGCUAGUAUUAUUUCACUAUUAUUGUGUUAACGUAGGCAUAGACUUUUCUCGAGUGUUGAAGCGAUCCCAGUUCAGCUUGACUGGACUUCAACAUACACACCCGGCGAUGUUAACUUUGCAAGCAGUUUGAAGGAAGGACAGCUGACUGUGGUUGAUGGUGCAACAUGUGCCCUGUGUUGGAUUUCAUGUGCAAAAUAGACCUCGGAUUCCGCAUUUAACAAUGAUUUUGAAUGUUCCGUAGUAAUUGUUGUAUUGACUAAGAUAAAUAAAAACCUUACGGCUGGGGGUCAAUGUGUGUAUAUUAUUAACCGAGUUUACCUUGCAUCAAAAUAUCUGUCAGUAUUUCCGCAGUAAAAUGUUGGAAACAUGUACAUUCAUUUGCAUUCGUUAUGUUGUAAAACGCGUUCAGAUUCAAUGCGUAAAAUUCCUCUUUACUGACAGUUGCGCCGAAAAACGAUUCAACGUUGGAUUAACAAUAAAAACAAAACCACUUCAUGCUCACUUCUUCCCCGGAACAUAUUAAACAGAGGUGCCAUUUUCUGUAAUCCUCCCGCUCAAUUUGUACAAUAUUUUACAAUACAGCACGUCAUUUCCCAGUAUUUUUGGCGAUCCUGAUUCUAACUACUGUUGCUAGUUGAGUCACCAUAGCGAUCGUAUCUAACGCAACCAUUGUUAUUUCUUUUGCUGAGGCCUAAAAUCGAAGUUGGUUGAAAAAAGUGAAGGUGAGCUUGUUGGUUGCGCUUGAAGGGUUCAAUCAGAGAUUGUAACGGAUGGUUGCACUGCUCUUAUUGUUUAUCUGCCCAAGUCAGUGCCGCUGUAUGUCAUCCUACCCACGUGUUGAAUCCCCUGUGCGUUGUGCGUAACGGUUACUACAGUCACCAUGCCGUUUACCCAGGUAUAAAUGCGCAUGCGCAUAGCUCUGCGUUGUCAAUCAAUCAACAUGGACCAAAGAUCUCUAUUAACCGAUUUAGCUGUUGUCAUUUUUCUUCCAUUUAUUCGACUCCUGCUGGUGGGCGGGACUACAGUGACCCGCUGUUUACCUCCCGUCAAACGAAGUCACACACGAAACAUAGCCGUCAACUGCAUGCAGCGGGAAGGUCCCGUAUAUAGGCCUAUUCCUGUCAAAAUAGAGUUGUAAAAUUAGUACAUGGAGUGAAACACUGAGCUUUGACGGGCCAGAAGAGGAUAUAGACGGGAUACUAUCAAUAAAUUUGACAGCUGGUGCAGACACCUCAAUCGGAUAAUGUGUCAGUGACGUUCACGGUACUACACACCACGCAUUUUUGUUUCGAGAGUUUAACUGAGAUACAGCUCGAAUACUUACUUGUUGCUGCUUUCCCUUUGGAAUCAGAAGAUUUAUAUUGCCUUGGCUUGCUACUUCGUGUAAAGCGUAAGUGCGACUUAUGACAGUUAACUAGCCUUGUUUUGAUGUGUUUGCUCUAAUUUAAUUAACGCUUGUACCAACUGUCUAAUAAAGGGAGAAUUUUGUUUGUAGGCUGAUGUUAAUCGUGUGUGAAAGGACAUACUAAAAGGGAUUGGUUAAAUCUCAGUUGCCAAUAAUUUUUCGAUGAUAUUUUCCGAAUUCCGAUCAAAAGAAAUGAAUACUCCAACUUGUUAGCUGUUAAUUACCAUAUUUCAUUUUAAUUUUUAACACGAUGCCGAGGGAACUAUCAGUCACUCAACACAAUAAGCAUUUGAUAUCCGAAACUUUGGGUGAGAUCAGGUAUAAUACAAUGCAGUUGUCUACAAGUGAAGCAAUCUUCUAUUUUAUUAAAAAAAUGUAUUUUCAUGUGUUGAUUUCAAAGCAGAACGAAGUAAUAUAGAGACACAGCAAUGUGUAAAGGUAUCCCCGAAAUUUGAAAUUUUGAAAAGUGUGACAAGUCUUGCUUAACAAAGUAGACUUGUUUUUAAACGUAAGUUAACAUCUUUCACAUAUAUACAGGUACAAAGUAUGUAAUGUAAUAUUUGGGUUUAUAAUUUGCUCAGCUCUAAAUUAUUUUUUGAUUAAUUCAACAAAGUUACCCGCGAAGAUUAUCGUGUCAUUUUGCAUACUGCAUUUACAGGUGUUUACUUGACUGGAUUCGAAGCUUCAAUGUCAGUGGAGCGAGCGCAGAUCCCCGUCAUGAUGCAUGCUACAGCGAUCACUUGCCUUAUUUGUCUUUUCCCCGUUUGUGCCAGUUCUAUUCCCGUAGAUGAAGAUUACUCUUCGAGUUCCUCAGACUACCAAAGUAGUGCAGACUACUUGCCCCUUCUUCCUGCGGAGGUGUUUGCAUUAAAUGACAAGAAUGGAAAUGGAUUUAUUACACAGAAAGAGUACCGAAAGGCAAACCCGGGCAUGACAGAUAUCAAAUCUAAACUUAUCUUCGACAACUUUGAUUGGGAUAAAGACGGGAGAAUUUCACUGAGUGAAUUCACCUCACGAGUUCAGCAUGAUGAUCCCAAGCCUCAAGGAAAUUGUAUUGCUUCAAUUAUGAGAACCUGCAGCAGUGAGUUUAUCGAUGCAGUUCGGAAAUGGGGCAACAAGCAAGGAGAUGUCAUGUGCCAUUGUUUGCCAAUCUACAGAGACUGCAUCAGAAGUGAGAGGGCAACAUGCACCAUGGUGUCCCAGAAAGAUCGUGAGGAAGAAGAAGUAUUAAAUGAACAAGUAGAUGGGCUUCUGCGACGCUUCAAGAGGGCACUUUGCCAAGACAUGUCACCCAGGGUAAGGCCAUCAGUGACAGCCUUCAUCAGUAACACGCCGGCAUCGUCAAGAUCAGUGUCAGAACCCAGAGGCGUCAGACAAGUCAGAUCAAUAAAAAGGGAAUUCAAGCGUUUUAAGUCAAGAUCAAGGAGACAGAACUGCAUUGUGUCAACUAUGAAGCCAUGCAAUAACGUGUUUAUUGCCGCACUACAAGCACAAGGAGAAGACCCUUGCCACAGUCUGGUCAAGUACAGACACUGCGUACACAAGAGCACAAGGCGGUGCAGUGACCCGAACUUGUCGCAUAUUCAGAGAGCCGUCAAGUUCCUAGCCAAGCAACACCGACGAGUCAAAAUAUGCGCCAAGUACGGCAAAUAGAGGGCGCCGUAUUAAAUAUACAGCAAUAUGAACUUGCCGGAACACUGCAAGUAUCAUCAAAGGCUAAUACAUUCUAAUUGGAGUGUGCUCAGUAUCUUAAUUGAUUACAUCCCAGCAUGAGUUAUAUUUAUUUAAAGAAAAUACUCCUGGACUUUGGGAUAUCCACAACCAUUGAAUUACAAAUUUUCCAUCAUAUAGGCCUAUGUCAUCACAAUACGAGUAGUCUCAUUUUAUGGGGGUGGGGGUGAACGUAAAUACACAUACUAUACAGCUGGUAGAACUUAUUGACUGUAGUAGCUGUGCUGAAAGAGACAUACAACAGUAUCCUACCCUCAGAAGUUUACUGUACGUUCAAACAUCACGGCCAUUUGGGGGCGAAUGACAAUAUGCAUGCUUUAUCAAAACAAAGUAUGGGACUCGGAGGUCACUUACCUCUGUACAGGACCACUAUGCUGUCUUUAAUGCUUUUGGAUCUCUUGCGUGCCCACAAGACAAAUACGUUCAUUUUUGUACAUAUACAUCACUUAUUUUAUAAAUAUCGAUAAACCGUUUGCAAACCCUGCGUCAUCUUCCCUGCCAUCAGACCAGUGUAGGCAUGGAAAAAGAAGUUGUCUUGGGGAAUCACGUGUAUUAUGUAUAGCAUUUUAUUGAAGUUAAAAGUCCCUUUUUACUUUUAUACAGUGUACAAAGUUGUUUUAUACUGACAAGGUUAUAUCAAAAGCUUAAGAGUGGUUAUCUUUUUCCUGUGUUGUAAAUACUGUACAAACUCAACUUUCAUUUUGCCCUUGCCUUAAUGUUGCAAAAAUAAAAUGAUUGUACAGUGUGUAACUUGUAUUAUAAACAGAUAACUGAUCUAUCACAGUGAUACAUGUACUUAAUGGAAACGACAGGAAGAUGCAAGAUAACAUUCUUGCAACUAUUCCUCCUUUUUAGAAAGAUUUAUUCUUCAUUGAAGUUUUUAAAUUUCAGAGUCAGUGUACCCUCCUUUGUAAAACUCAGACAAAGUUCAUAUUAUUAUUUAUAGAGAAUAGAUAUGAGUAACAUAAUAGUUCAGUUUAUAAUGUCUUUGAAAUGUCACACGAUGGUUCGCUAUUUGGGGGAUGCUGUUCAAUUAAAACAGUAACAAGGUAAUAAGCAGUCACUUAUCAAGAGUGACAGACUCCUCUAUAAUAACCUACUAAGGAUAUAAUACACCAGGCAACGCACAUAACCGCUUAUAUAUUGUAGUUAUGUGAUUAUUUGGGCACAAAGGCAAAUUCAGUAAUAGAAGAAACUCCGUUGAAUAUUAACUACCUCAUUUUUAGUAGAUAUAUAUAUAUAUAUAGACAUAUAUACGUAUAUAUUGUGAAGUGAGGGUAGUUAAUUUACAACCUUAUAAACUACUGUGUUAAACAGGCAUAUUCUGACACUUUCCUUCACUAUGCACGAGUGCUUGUCGAACAGGCACCUUUAUGGUCCCUUUAUAUAUCAAACAGGCUCAGACAUUCUAUUUUGCCUUUAAGUAAUUAUAUGUCAGGUCACGUCGUUACAAUCAUCUCUUCUCGCUUGAGAAUGCCCUAUUGUAAGAGGUUUUUCGAUAAAAACCAUAAUGAUUAAACGUGUUCACCUUAUUUCUCACAAACACAUCCAGAAAAAUUAUAAAAUGUGUAUCUUGAAUGCCCUUUUGGCUUGAAAAUGUUAUUUUAUAUGUUUAUGCUUGUCGUCUUGUGCUUUUCAUAAAUAUUUCUCAUAACUAUGCGUAUAUACUCAGUCUGAAUAAAUAUAAAACACUGCCAUCAAAUUGAUCAUAGUUAGGUCUAAUACGUUCAUUUAAAAAAAGUUUUUGUAUUGAUGUUUUCAGGGUAAAUGGGAGAAUUACAUUUGUGAAGGACCGUUUAUCAACCUAUGAUUAGACAUUUUAUUUAGAUCUCAAUCGGAUUUGUAAAAACAGGAUGUAAUACAAUCUUUAUUUACAGUCAGUUUUUCCCAAAUUUAACAUCAUUUGUAUUGUGUUUAACCUCAAUGCGAUAUCUUGUACUGCCCAGGUUGUAUUCAUUUUUUUUACUGAAAAAAAUUAAUAAAACGUGUUGUAUCUCAGUUCACGAUGUAAAGUAUUAAAAAUGGGAACUAACUGCACGCUUUAACUUCCAGUUUAAACAUUAUAUUUAGGGAACUGUAUAUUAUUUACUACAAGUAUUAUUUUGAAAGAUGUUUAUAAAAACCACACCACUGCCCGAUCCAUCCUCAAAAAAGACAGGGCAGGAUUUACCAAUAAUUUGUUUUGUUUUUAUCAAGAACAUUACGAAUAUAUAGUCAAGUUUUGGCAUUUUCCUAGUGAUCGUUUUAAAUCUGUUCAUUCAGUCAUCGAGGGCGCUAUUCAUCGCAAACACCAUUUUGUAAACAAUUGCAGAACGGGAUAAUAUUACGUUCAUUGGAAGCUUGUUGUAACCAAUUCAAGCUAGCUUGUAUCGCCCGUUCUUUGUACUGCUAGUUGAUUUCGGCUUAUGCAAAACACUGCAGUUACACGUAUAGCUAUCCCGAACAGUCCCAAAUCCUCCGAUUUCAAUACAUGAAGAAAACGAAGAGCUCAGUCUUCGACAUCUGUUUUUCUAUGCAUCUGUGAUGACCUGUAAUAAAAUCAAAAUGAAAAGUA